ACACACGCGCGCACGGCGAAAAACUUCCGCGUGGGCUGUGUUGUUUUGCAGGUUUCAGCUGGCUCUCCUGCAGUCGGCACUCCCUUAAUGUCACGCAUCCAGCAGGCGUGACAUUAACUUCUUUUGCUUUGUCACUUCACGUCGUUCUACUUUAGAAACUUCUUUCAGUUGUCAACGGAUAUUUACAGGAGGAAACCUCAGUAACUCUGUCGCGUGGACAUCCAUCCUCAGAGGCAUGAUGGCGAGCUGCUGUGGUCUGCUAACCUCUCAGAAGGAACCAGUUCCUCUGAAGAGCGUGGAGGUGGAGCUGGAGGUCAGGGACCACGUGGCUACAGUGGUCUCCACUCUGAACUACCAGAACCAGGAGGACAAACCACUGGAGGCCGUCUUUGUCUUCCCUCUGCCUGGAGAUGCUGCCGUCUGUCAUUUCAGCGCUAAGGUCGGACAGACGGAGAUUGUGGCGGAGGUGAAGGAGAAACAGGAGGCCCGUGAGGAGUAUGACGACGCUCUGAGCUCCGGUCAGCAGGCCUUCCUGUUGGAGGAGAGCGAGCAGAGUCCAGAUAUAUUCUCCCUGAGUGUGGGCAGUCUGCCUCCAGGAGAGAGUGCCUCCAUCAGGCUGGAGUACGUCACUGAGCUGGCUGUGCAGGCCGAUGAAGGGCUGAGGUUUCUCCUGCCCGCUGUGCUCAACCCUCGCUACCAACCUCAGGGGAGCGUUCGCAGUGUCAACGUCCAGGUGACCUCUGUUCCAGCCUCUCUGGUGCCCUACACUCUGUCCUUCUCUGCCCGAGUGUCCUCUCCUCGUCCCGUCUCCAAAGUAGAGUCCAGCUCUCCCCUGGACCCUCUGCAGUACCUCAACACAGAGCAAACCCAGGCCACGGUCAAGUUGGCUGCAGGACACAAGUUUGACAGAGAUGUUGAACUGCUGAUUUAUUACAAAGACGCCCACCAGCCCUCUGCUGUGGUGGAGGCAGGACGGGCCUCUUCACAGCCUGGCUCUCUGAUGGGUGAUCCAGUAGUGAUGCUGAGCCUUUACCCAGAGUUCCCCCAAGCUGUGAUGUCCUCAAUGGCUUCAUGUGGAGAGUUUGUCUUCUUAUUGGAUCGAUCUGGCAGUAUGCAAGGAGAACGUAUAAAGAAUGCCAGGGACACUCUGCUGCUCCUGUUGAAGAGCGUACCGCUCGGCUGCUAUUUCAACAUCUACAGUUUCGGGUCCAGCUUUGAACACAUCUUCCCUAAGAGUGAAGAGUACAACCAGAAGACCAUGGAAGAGGCUCUGAAGAAAGUGGAAAAGAUGGAGGCUGAUCUUGGAGGAACUGAGAUCCUUGAGCCACUCAAACACAUUUACAGACAGCCCUCCAUUCCCAGUCAACCUCGACAAGUAUUUGUCUUUACUGACGGAGAGGUGGGGAACACAAAAGAAGUCAUUAAUCUGGUGAAGCAGAAUUCAGCUUCCCACAGGUGCUUCUCUUUUGGGAUUGGGGAAGGGGCCAGUUCUGCUCUCAUCAACGGGUUGGCCAAAGAAGGAGGAGGCCACGCUCAGUUCAUCACAGGGACCGACAGGAUGCAACCCAAAGUGAUGCAGUCAAUGCGGUUCGCUCUGCAACCGUCUGUGGUGGACGUCUCAGUCAAGUGGGACCUGCCGAGCGGAGUCUCUGUCACCGCUCUCUCUCCACCGAUCGCAGCACUUUUCCAGGGUCAAAGGUCACUGGUUUACGCCCAGUUCACUGGACAGAGUUCGGAGGCGUCAGAGGGCUGUGUGACGGUGGCGUACAGCCUGGCAGGUCAUCCCUCUCAGACCCAGCUCCACUUCAGUCUCAAGCCUGCAAAGGACUCUGGACUAACGAUCCACAGGUUGGCCGCUCGGACCUUGAUCCGCUCGCUGGAGAUGGAGGAGAAAGAGCGUGGAGGACAGGAAGACGCAGGAGGGAAGAAGAAGGUGGUGGAGCUCAGCGUCCAAUCAGGAGUGAGCAGUGCCUUCACCGCCUUCAUCGCCGUCAAUAAAUCCAACAGCGAAGCUAUUCAAGGACCUCUGGUGCGCCGAAUGGUUCCAGCACCCAGGAUGACGAUGAUGGGCUGCAUGUUUCAGCCCUGUUCAUUGAGGCCGAUGUCUUGUGAUAUGGCGCAGCUUCCUCAGAUGUCACCUAGGCCGAUGUCUAGUGAUAUGGCGCAGCCUCCUCCGAUGUCUCCUAGGAAGAUGAAGAUUGGCUGGAGGCCUAAGUCCUUUUCAUUGUGGAGGGCGAAAUCAUGUGGUAUGCCGCACCUGUCUCCUAGUGCGAAAUCAUGUGGUAUGCCGCACCUGUCUCCUAAAAGCUCUCAGCCCAAACAGCCCCCCAGAGACCCUUUGCUGCAGCUGGUCUCCCUGCAGGAGGCGUCUGGCUGCUGGGUGCUGGAUCCACAUCUGGCUGCUGCACUGGGAAAGACCAGCGAGGAGGUGGAGAAGCCCAAGCCUGCAUCGGUGAAGCAGGACGUGUGGGCCACCAUUCUGGCUCUGAUCUGGCUUCAUGGUUUCAAGAUGGAUGCUCAGGAGGAGUGGGAGCUUCUGGCUAUGAAGGCUGUGUCCUGGCUCCGAGCUCAGAAAGCUUCAGUGGUGACGGAGUGUGUGGAAGCAGGAAAUGCUCUGUUGGGUUGCAACGUGCAGAAAGACGCCGUGGGGCUCUGAGGUGUUCAUUGAAAGAGCUUCUCCUGCAGGAUUGGACCCCUCUGGUACACCGAAGCAGAUUCACUCCAUCAUGCAACCAUCGACUUAAAAUCAAAUCAACCAAUUUUAUGUCAACUUGGGUCUAGAACAACCAUGAGCUUUUGUGGUUUUUACUUCAGUCUUCAUUUCUCUUUGAUUCGUUUUGCACAACAAACUUUGACAUCAGGUUUACAUGAACUUUAGCCAACUCUGAAUCACAUUUCAAAUGUUUAGCCGCCUGGAGAUGUUUUAGCCACAUUGAGCAAGGCUUAAAAACGUCAUGCUUCAAUCGUGAAUUAUUUUUUUACUAACCUUUGUAAUGAUUAGAAUGAUACAUAUCCCCAAUAACUACUGGGUCUGAUGGUGGUUCAUGCUCUUGUCCACCACUAAUCUGUUAUUUCAUACAAAAUGUAACAAAUUGCAGGUGUGUGGCUGUAAGUAGUUGAUACUUUAUCCAACGCCUAAAGAGCAAAGAAGGUUAUUUAAAAGAGUGCCGAGAAUGACUGAAUUUCCUGAUUCAACCAUUGUUCUCGAGAUCCAUUUUUACUUUAACCAAUUCAACAGCAAGUUGCAGGCGAGAAGUUGAAAGAGAAAAUCAAAUUAUUUUCCUCACAAAGUAACUACAAUGCUAUUAAAUUCGAUCACUUUUUAAAAACUUUUUUAAUGGAAUUGGACGUAAAACUUUUAACAGUUAAAUAUAACAAGAAAAGGCAGAAAAACAAAAUAUAUAGUGACGUUAUUUCUUCAUGUAACCUUGACGUUUUUUAAUUUGAUUAUUCUCUUUGUUCUGGACUCAUACUCUAUUCUUUGUCAAUAUAUUCAAGUAUUCACGAAACAUCUAUCCAAUAAAACAGUUCACAUCUUAAUGAUCUAUAUCAUAUUUUGUAGUUGUAUAAAUCUGUACGUGUAUUAUUUCGUUAUUAAAUCCACG